CACAGCUUGGCGCGGGCGGUGGCGCGGGCGGUUAAGCGGCAGGUAGCAGGGGCACAGAAUAGCAUUGAUGAGGAGCAUGUUUUAGCUUUAAUUCUAAAGGAAGAUGAGUUAGAUGAACAGAAAUGCAAAAAUGCUCUAGAAAAAUACUGUAAUGAACUAAAGGAAGUAGAUCUAGACCUAUCUAAAGUACAUUUAAUGUUAAAAGAUGUAUGUGAAAAAAAAAAUGAAAAAUGCAAUGGCUUGAAAGACAAGGUUAAUAAGAAAUGUACUACACUUAAAACAGAAUUAACAAAAAUAAUUGGAAAGUCAUUUCCAGAAGAUAAUGACUGCACAAAUCAAAAUACAUGUAUGUUUUUGGAGGGAGCAUGCCCAACAGAUCUUAAAGAAAGCUGUGAUAAAUUAAGAGAAAAUUGCAGAAAAAAGAGACGAAAUGAUGCGAAAGUAGAUCUUCUUUUGAGAAUACUCAGAGGGAAUUUGAAAGAUCAAGAAUUGUGCAAAAAAAAUAUUGAUAAGACAUGUCUUGAAGUAAUGGAAGAAAGCGAUGAACUUAUGUCAUUUUGUUUAAAAACACCAGAUAAAUGUAAAGAACUCACGGAGAAAAUAAAUAAAAAGUGUGAAGAUUUGAAAAAGAAUACAAAAAAGAUUAUCGACAAUAAAGAUAGAUCAAAAGAAGAGUGUAACUUGGAACUUGAAAAAUGCUACUUUUACGGAACAGACUGUGAUGAAAAAGUUAAAGCACAAUGUAAAGAAAUAGAAAAAAAAUGUGAAGAAAAAACAAAAUAUAUGCCAGUAGGGCUCAUAUUUGACCCAUUGAAACCAGCAGCUACGUUAAUGGAGGCUAUUGGAAAAACAGAAUUGUUUAAAAAAGACAUUGGAAAACCAAAUAUAAAAGAUACAAUUGAUUUAUUAACAUUAUUAGCAAAUGAAAAUCUAGGCCAAUGUAAAGAUAAGCUUAAAGAAUGCUAUGAAUUUUGUAAAUUUAUUCCACAAUUAAAGGAUUUGUACAAUAACAGUACGAAGGAAAUGGAUCAGACUAAAGAAGAUAUAUGCAAUGAACUACAAGAUAAAAUGAAACCUAAAUGUAAAACACUUAAAUCAAAAUUAUAUAGGUUGUCAUUGUCAGAUAAAAAUGGGGAUAGCGAAGAGGCCACACAAUUAGGAUGGGACCAGUUGACAACAGAAAUUGAUGAAGAUGUUUGUGUAGAACUGGAGUCGAAAUGUUUUUAUUUGGAAAAACCUUGUGGAACAGCGGGUAUUAAACUUGGAAAUGCAUGCAAAAAUCUAAAAUCAGCAUGUUUAAAAGCACGGAAAUUCAGAAAAGUGUAUGGAAUACUUGAAGAAAAAUUAAGAGGAAAGUUGCAUAAUUUAAUCAUAAAUAAUGGCAGUAAAAAAUGCGAAAACGAACUGUUGAUUCUAUGCAAGAAACUAGUGAAAACAGAAGAGGUACUAAUAGAGUUGUGUUUACGGCCAAAAAGCACAUGCAUAACACUUGAAGAUGAUAUUAGAAGACAAGGAGAAGACUUGAUAGAAGCUUUGAAUGAAAGACGAGAUUUUCCAAAUAAUGAGGAUUGUAAAGAAUUAGAAAAGAAGUGUGAAGAUCUAGGACAGGAUUUGGAAGAAAUUGAGCGUCCAUGUCAUACAUUGAACCAACACUGUAAUCGAUUGAGAAAUGCAGAACAUUUGGAAGAAAAAUUAUUAGAAGGAAAAAUAAAAGACUUAAAAAAUGAAGCAAAAUGUAGAGAAAAUGUUAAGAAGCGAUGUGAUGACUGGGUUAUGAAAAGAAAAACUGAAUUUACUCUUGCAUGCAUCGAGCAAAAUAUUACUUGUCAGAUCAUUACGGAAAAUAUAGAAACUAAAUGUUUUCUAUUGAAAAAACAUAUGGAAACUCGUGAUGUUAUAAAUCAGCUGAAACAAAGAAAUAAAAUAGAAGAAAUUUGUAGUUUCUGGGUUCCAUAUUGUGACAAAUUCACUCCAAGUUGCAAUGAACUUGUGAAAAAAGUUAACGGAAAAAACAAUGGAGUUUGUUCACAACUCGGCAAAAAAUGCAAGCCAUUCGUUGAAAGAAAAGAACUAGAAAAUAAAGUAAUUGAUGAGUUAAAAGGCAAUUUAUCGGACAUAAAAGAAUGUAACAAAACACUUAGCAUAUACUGUACACAAUGGAUAAAAGCAGAGAAUAAACUUAAAACUUUAUGUACUGAUAGUACUAAUGCCAAAAAAGACUUGGAAGUUAGGGAAGAGCUCUGUGAAAAACUUGUAGAUUGGGUGAAAAAACAAUGUCCAAAACUGUUGAAUGAAAUCAUUGAAAUAAAAGAUAAACUAGAAAAAGGAGAAAAAGAAUAUGAAAAAAUUAAAAAAGAAGCAGAAGAAGCUAUAAAAACAGCAGAUCUUAUUUUAUCAAAGGUAAAAGCAUUUGAUAAUGGCAACAAGUCUCUAGAUAAAGAUUCACCUAAUACACCUAAUGAAGGAAAAGGCACAACAGAGUUUAAACUUGUAAGAAGGAAUACAAAAGCGCAUGUAACAGAAAAAGAAUUAGCAGCAUUUGAUUUGGUAGCAAGAGCAUUCAAUCUCUAUGUAGAGUUGAAAGAAAUAUGUCAUCAUUCACAAAGAAAUUGUGGAUUUGAAAAAGAAUGUCCAGAUUGUAAGGAUGCAUGUAAAAUUGUGAACCGUGUAUGUACAGGAUUGAAGCCACUGGAAGUGAAACCAUACGAAGCAACAACUAAAAAUGUAACAACCACAACUACAACUACCACCACCACCACCACAACCGUUACAGAUCCAAAAGCAACAGAAUGUAAAUCUCUACAGACGACAGACACAUGGGUCACAAAGACAUCGACCCAUACUAGCACAUCCACAACCACAUCUACAGUCACGUCAAGAAUAACGUUGACCUCGACGAGGCGGUGUAAGCCUACGAAGUGUACGACAGGAGAGGGGGAUGAAGCAGGAGAGGUGAAGCCGAGUGAAGGGUUGAGGAUGAGUGGGUGGAGUGUGAUGAGGGGGGUGUUACUAGCAAUGAUGAUUUCAUUCAUGAUUUAA